GCCAUGUUAGCCCUGCCCCUAAUGAACAGUCGAAUGAAUUUUUCGUUCAUUUUACGUCAAUUGAUGGCUUGUUGACACUGUCAGGCGUUGCAGUUAUCGGAUUUUCGUUCGCUAAGUGAAACGUAAACAUGUUGCAGUUAUCGAACGUCUACUGUACUUCCCUUUGGACAUAGCGUGUACGGAGGGGGGAAUUGGAUUCUAAUUGAAAAUUGCCUCGCUCUAGUGUCGAAAUUCUCGGACCAAGUGAAUUCGGUUCAUUGGUUGAUAACUCAAUGAUAACUACAAAGCUUCAGCAUGCGUUCAUUUAAUGGUUCACCUAAAAUCUAUUUGACAAGCAGUGUAACAUGAUGGGCAGAUGAACACAAAUAGCCAUCGUUUACCUAGUCUAAAAUUGCAUAAACAAAGUUAACAUAUGUGUUAUCUAAAUUAUUAAUUAUUUGUCACAUAGUUGUCCAAGACUUGACAUCAUGGAUUUGCAAGCAAUCAAAACUGAACCGGAAGAGUUCAGAAAGAACCCCUAUCCAGUUUGCCGCCUAUGUCUGAGCGAAGGAGAACUUGCCGAUGUAUUCGAUGAAGAAGGACUGAAUCAAUUGGUGUUGGAUUUGCUUUCGAUAACGGUGUACCUCGAUGAUCCCAUUAGCCAAUCUGUAUGUGGUGUUUGCCGUAUACGAAUAUUUGAAUUCUAUCAGUUCCGGACCCGUUGCCAGGAAGUGCAAACUGUGCUUCAAUCCUGGCUACAAUCUACGAUUCAGCAAGAGGCGACCAAUCUUGAACAAGUAAAAAGAAAUCAAUCAUCUGAAAUAUGCAAUGCUGAAACCAAUCCACUGCAAUGUGAAGUAUGUCAGAAGUUGUUUAAAAAGAGGAAGCUGUUGAUCUGCCAUAGGAAUAUCCAUCGGCCCAGGAAGCACACGUGCACAAUUUGUAGCAAACUUUUCGCAAGACGUCAACAGUUGUUAAGACAUAUGACGUUAGUUCACCCAAAGGAACCUGGAACGACCGAUAAUACAAUAUUUGAAUCGCGUGAAGAAAUUGUUGCAGUAAUCAAUGUCUCAGAACAGAAGCAGCAAACGAAAUAUAACGCAGAAGCACAGAAUGAGGAAUCACUACAGGACACGAAAGGCGGAGUUACGAGCGAAAUCUAUUACGAACCAACCUCUUCCAGUCAUGCGGCUGAUGGAAAAGGGAUGAAUAUCGAGAGAAACGAACUGCAAUGUGAUAUAUGUUUCAAGAUGUUCAAGCUAAGGCAAACCAUGAGGGCGCACAGGAAGAAUAUUCAUGGAAUAAAGAAUCUCAUUUGUCCGAUUUGUGAACGACCAUUCGCAUUACGUUUUUGUUUCAGAUUCUCACUAGAAAGACAUAUAUUGAGUCAUCAGUCUGUUGAAGAACGCCAGCGAUCUGCGCCAGACAUUGCAAGAUCGUUCAAGUGUGUUACAUGCGACAAGACAUUCAAAGGCAAUUCAGGGCUCUUGCAACACCAGAAAAAAGUGCAUGGACCAAGGUGCCAUGAGUGUCAUAUUUGCAACUUUCGAUUCACUAUGCGCAACAAACUUGAGCAGCACAUCAAGGUGCAUACUCGAGACCGCGACAGUAAGGAAGACUUUCGAUUGUUUCAAACUCAACAGAUGCAACCGAAAGAAGCUUUCUCAACCGUUAAUGCAGAUGUUGAAGGCGAGCCGAAAAGUAUGAAUAUCGGGAAUGAAUACAAACAAAAUACCGCAUCCGACCCAGCUUCAUUAAUAGAGUGCGAAAAAUGCCAGAAGACAUUCAAAACACAGAAAUCGCUGUGGUUACACUACAAAUUUACACAUAAGCCGAAAAAGUUUAAAUGCUCUAUUUGCAGUGAAUUUUUCGCAUCGAACAAAAAGUUGGAGGAGCAUAUCCUAACAAAGCAUAACCAAGAAGAUAGCACUCUAAAAUCCCAGAAAUGUCCAUUUUGUGAUAAAGUGUUCCUAUCAGUAGGUCAGCUGAACAGUCAUGUACUGAAUCAUGGACCGCGAAAACACUGCUGCACGGUUUGCAGCAAAACAUUCACAAAACUGCGGAACUUGAAAAAACAUAUGAAGUGUCAUGUAGACUCGAAGGACGAUAAUAUUUCUCAGGAGACUCAGAAUGCAUACACUAGUGAAUUCCCACAACCCUCUGAAAGUCAACUUGCGGAAAACAGCUCUGAAUACCAGUCCAGCCUCAAAGAGGGCGACAGUCUUUUUGAAGCAGAAGAAUUCAAAAUCGAGCCAGAAUAGGGUACACUGCCGAUGAAGAUUGGAAAAUUCAAACAAUGCAACAGUCGCUCGAAACGCCAAUAAAGGAAAUUCAAAAC